UCAGAGUGCAACGCACGGCGUAGAAAUGGCUAAACAUUAACAUUUAACGAUGGACCACCGAUGCAAACUACAAAACCCCGUUUUAGAUGAAAAAUAUGUCAUUACGUGAUUCACGUGUAACGGAGGCCAUCGGUUAGUGAGAGCUGUGUGUGCAGGUAAAGGCCGCGAGCUCGUCUCCACCAUGCCGGACCGAUGGCCUGUUCGAGGCUCAGUGUGGGCACAUUCCCUGAGAGAUGAUGAGGUGAUGAAUUCUGACGUGACCUCGACUGAAGAGAUGGCUGAUGGAGACUGGUACUAUCAGAUCCACUCACACCUGGAAUACUUCCCCAAACCUGGAGAGAAGAUCACCUGUGUGGUGGAGCAUGCCAGCUCCAAUAAACCCAUGAUCUAUCACUGGAAUUCCUCUCUGCCUGAGUCCGAAAGGAAUAAGAUCAUUACUGGGGCUGCGGGGUUUGUUUUGGGGAUCAUUAUGGCAAUUGGAGGACUGAUCUAUAAAAGAAAAUGCACAGGUUAG